GCCUCGCUCGCUCUCGGCGGCCGCUCUCGCUGUGGCUGCGGCUGAGGCUGGGGGCGGCGGCGGCGGCGCGAGCGGCGGGCGGCGCGGGGCGGUCCGGCGGGUUCAAAGAGGAAAACAUGGCGGAAAACAAAGGCGGCGGCGAGGCGGAGAGCGGCGGCGGGGGCAGCGGCAGCGCGCCGGUAACCGCCGGGGCCGCCGGGCCCGCGGCGCAGGAGGCGGAGCCGCCUCUCGCCGCGGUGCUGGUGGAGGAGGAGGAGGAGGAAGGCGGCCGGGCUGGCGCGGAGGGCGGUGCGGCUGGGCCCGACGACGGGGGGGUGGCCGCGGCCUCCUCGGGCUCGGCCCCGGCCGCCUCGGUCCCCGCGGCCUCCGUGGGCUCCGCGGUCCCCGGGGGCGCGACCUCGACGCCGGCCCCGGCUGCGGCUUCGGCCCCGGCCCCGGGUCCGUCUUCGGGGCCGCCUCUCGGGCCGCCGGGCUCGCUCCUGGACACCUGCGCGGUGUGUCAGCAGAGCUUGCAGAGCCGGCGUGAGGCGGAGCCCAAGCUGCUCCCCUGCCUGCACUCCUUCUGCCUGCGCUGCCUGCCGGAACCGGAGCGCCAGCUCAGCGUGCCCAUCCCCGGGGGCAGCAACGGCGACGUCCAGCAAGUUGGUGUAAUAAGAUGUCCUGUGUGUCGCCAAGAAUGCAGACAGAUAGAUCUUGUGGAUAAUUAUUUUGUGAAAGACACAUCUGAAGCGCCUAGCAGUUCUGAUGAGAAGUCAGAACAGGUAUGUACUAGUUGUGAAGACAAUGCAAGUGCAGUUGGUUUUUGUGUAGAAUGUGGAGAGUGGCUAUGUAAGACAUGUAUUGAAGCACAUCAAAGAGUAAAAUUCACUAAAGAUCAUCUGAUCAGGAAAAAAGAAGAUGUCUCAGAGUCUGUUGGAACAUCUGGUCAACGCCCUGUGUUUUGUCCUGUACAUAAACAAGAGCAGUUGAAACUAUUCUGUGAAACAUGUGAUAGACUGACAUGUAGAGACUGUCAGCUAUUGGAGCACAAAGAACAUAGGUACCAGUUUUUGGAAGAAGCUUUUCAAAAUCAGAAAGGUGCAAUUGAAAAUCUGUUGGCUAAGCUUCUUGAAAAGAAGAAUUACGUUCAUUUUGCAGCUACACAAGUGCAGAAUAGGAUUAAAGAAGUAAAUGAGACUAACAAACGAGUAGAACAGGAAAUUAAAGUGGCCAUCUUCACCCUUAUCAAUGAAAUUAAUAAGAAAGGAAAAUCUCUCUUACAGCAGCUAGAGAAUGUUACAAAAGAACGGCAGAUGAAGCUACUACAACAGCAGAAUGACAUCACAGGCCUCUCCCGGCAAGUGAAGCAUGUUAUGAACUUUACAAACUGGGCCAUUGCAAGUGGCAGCAGCACGGCACUACUUUAUAGCAAGCGUCUGAUUACUUUUCAGUUACGUCAUAUUUUGAAAGCACGGUGUGAUCCUGUUCCUGCUGCCAAUGGAGCAAUUCGUUUCCAUUGUGAUCCCACAUUCUGGGCCAAAAACGUAGUGAAUUUAGGUAAUCUAGUAAUAGAGAGUAAGCCAGCUCCUGGUUAUACUCCCAAUGUUGUAGUUGGGCAAGUUCCUCCAGGGACAAACCACAUUAGUAAAACCCCUGGACAGAUUAACUUAGCACAGCUUCGGCUCCAGCACAUGCAGCAGCAGGUGUAUGCACAGAAACACCAGCAGCUACAGCAGAUGAGAAUGCAGCAGCCGCCAGCCCCGGUACCAACAACAACAGCAACAACACAGCAGCAUCCUAGGCAAGCAGCCCCACAGAUGUUACAGCAACAGCCUCCAAGAUUGAUCAGUGUGCAAACAAUGCAAAGAGGCAACAUGAACUGUGGAGCAUUUCAAGCCCAUCAAAUGAGACUGGCUCAGAAUGCUGCCAGAAUACCAGGGAUACCCAGGCACAGCGGCCCUCAGUAUUCCAUGAUGCAGCCACACCUCCAAAGACAACACUCAAACCCAGGGCAUGCUGGACCUUUUCCUGUUGUAUCAGCACACAACCCAAUCAACCCAACAAGCCCUACCACAGCAACUAUGGCAAAUGCAAAUCGAGGUCCCACCAGUCCUUCUGUUACAGCAAUAGAACUAAUCCCCUCAGUUACCAAUCCAGAAAACCUUCCAUCGUUACCAGAUAUUCCACCUAUCCAGUUGGAAGAUGCUGGCUCAAGUAGUUUAGAUAAUCUACUGAGUAGAUACAUCUCAGGCAGUCAUCUACCCCCACAGCCUACAAGCACCAUGAAUCCUUCCCCAGGACCCUCUGCGUUAUCACCUGGAUCUUCAGGCUUAUCCAAUUCACACACACCUGUGAGACCCCCUAGUACAUCCAGCACUGGAAGUCGAGGCAGCUGUGGAUCAUCAGGAAGAACUACUGAGAAAAGUGGUCAUAGUUUCAAGUCUGAUCAGGUGAAGGUGAAGCAAGAACCUGGGACUGAAGAAGAGAUAUGCAGCUUUUCAGGAGCUGUGAAACAAGAGAAGACAGAGGAUGGCAGGAGGAGUGCCUGUAUGUUGAGCAGUCCUGAGAGUAGUCUGACACCACCUCUCUCAACUCACCUCCAUCUAGAGAGUGAGCUGGACACAUUAACAAGCCUGGAGAACCACGUGAAGACUGAGCCUGCAGAUCUCAGCGGAAGCUGCAAACAGUCAGGACUUAGUAGCCUCGUGAAUGGAAAGUCUCCAAUUCGAAACCUCAUGCACAGGUCGGCAAGGAUCGGAGGAGAUGGCAAUAGCAAAGAUGAUGACCCAAAUGAAGACUGGUGUGCUGUCUGCCAGAACGGAGGGGAUCUUUUGUGCUGUGAAAAAUGUCCAAAGGUUUUUCAUCUUACUUGUCAUGUUCCAACACUUCUCAGCUUUCCAAGUGGGGACUGGAUAUGCACAUUUUGCAGAGAUAUUGGGAAGCCAGAAGUUGAAUAUGAUUGUGAUAAUAUGCAACAUAGUAAGAAGGGGAAAACUGCACAGGGCUUGAACCCUGUGGACCAAAGGAAAUGUGAACGUCUUCUGCUUUACCUCUAUUGCCAUGAAUUAAGUAUUGAAUUCCAGGAGCCUGUUCCUGUUUCGAUACCAAACUACUAUAAAAUUAUAAAGAAACCAAUGGAUUUAUCGACGGUGAAGAAGAAGCUUCAGAAAAAACAUUCCCAGCAUUACCAAAUCCCAGAUGACUUUGUGGCUGAUGUUCGUUUGAUCUUCAAGAACUGUGAAAGGUUUAAUGAAAUGAUGAAAGUUGUUCAAGUUUAUGCAGACACACAAGAGAUUAAUUUGAAGGCUGAUUCAGAAGUAGCUCAGGCAGGGAAAGCAGUUGCCUUGUACUUUGAAGAUAAACUCUCAGAGAUCUACUCAGACAGGACCUUCGCGCCAUUGCCAGAGUUUGAGCAGGAAGAGGAUGAUGGUGAAGUAACGGAAGACUCUGAUGAAGAUUUUGUACAACCUCGCAGAAAACGCCUAAAGUCAGACGAGAGGCCAGUGCAUAUAAAGUAAAAUGGCAUGGACGUAAAUCAGUUGUUUUUCAAAAGAAGGAAGUAACAGAAGAAAGAAACAAAACAAAACACCCUUUUAUUUAAGUGUUACUGGAAUAUCCUGUGUACAGUGGGUACCUCUUUAAAGAAGCUGGUAGCUCUCAUACAGUAUUAGGUUGAAAUAAUGGACACAAAACAUUUUUAUCAAGAAAGAGGGAGAGAACUCUGUGUUUGCAACUGUAAAGUAAGAAUAAUUACAAGUAAAAUUGUUUGGGGAUUUGUUACAAGUGAAGAUGGUUCUCUGGCUAUUAGAAACAGAUGAUCAUGUGUGUUAAUUGGUGCAGGGUACUGAGUCAGGCAAGACUCCAAGGCUCAUGUUGUGUGAUGUGUCUCUGCUAGAGCACACAGUUACUCAAACAACUUAAGAGCCUUCCCUCUGCAAACAUAGAUGGGUUAUUUUCUGGUUAAAAAUUGAGUAUAUCAGAUUCUACUUGAAUGUCACUAGAGAUGAAUUUAAUCAUGCCACUGUAUUUUCUCACAUUUUGUUCUAUUGGGCCUUCGGUUUUAAAUUGGUUUAAAGAACUGAACAGUAGUUUUAUUUUCUACUUAGAUGUAGAGUCUAGGAGUCUGACCAUUGCUCAUUUAGUCAACUUCAGUGGUGUGCUGAAAUGAUGAUAAAUUUCAGUAGUGGAUCAUACAGACUUACGGAAAAGUCCUUUCCAGAAAACCCGUCUAAACAAUUACACUUACUGGUCAGCUCAUCUGGUCACACAGUUAGUUUUAUUCCCUCAAAAGACAGGACGUUUAUUUCAGAAUUUCUGUACAUGUAAAUGACAUUGAGAAGGUGAAAACUAACUCACACCCACCCAGCCCUCCUUCAUGCCAGUUUCCAGUAGACCACUAUUGGUAAACAGAAAUCUGUCAGCUACCAAAUGUGUACAAUUUUCUGUAUUUCACUUUGUCUUAUUUGUACAUAGUGAGCUCAGACUUCUGGCAGGUCAGCAACAUUUGCUGAGCCUGUUUUUUUUUAAGCUAAUGUGUAUUCUUACUAAUGUUCCUAUCAAGAAUGGAUUUGUAAUAUAUGCUGUCUAUUUCUAAUGCUCACAUUCAUAUUUUGAGGUUCUAUCUUAUUUUAAUAGAGAACAGACUUCUCAAAAAAAAUCUUCAGAAGCAGCUUAUUAUUGAAAUAUCAAAAUACUGAAAUAAACCCGGUGGGGUUAGAUUUCUCAUCUGUCCACCAAGUGGGACACGUGCAUGGACUGGGGGCUUUAAACGACUUAAACAGACCUGAAAGUAAGUCCUGAAAACGAGCCAAUCCCCACUUGAAUGGUAACUGGAGUAAACCAACUUUAUUUACUACCUGGUGACAGGCGCAGUACCUGAAGCAGAUAGAUCGACCUGCUCUGCUUGAUUUUUCUCCUUCGUUGUGAUGCGCAGAUGAAGUGUGCUCUAGACUGUGUGCGCCUCGCCAUUGGAUUAAGAGUUGUAGUCCUACUUCUCUAUGGACACAGUAGAAUAAAAAGUGACCAAAGUAGAAUCCAUCAUCAAGAGUUUGAGGUGUCAGCAGAUGUGAGGCAAAUCCUCUGUCUCAUUCAACGUGAGCAGUUCAGACUGUAGACGUCCUCAGAAAACUAUCUGACGUAAUUGUCGAAGAAGUGAAUAUUUUUAGUGUGCAUUGAAUCAAAUAAAGUGCUCUAAAGAAAUUAUUAUACAGAUUCCUUUGGGUUGUUUUUUUCUUAACAAGGGAUGUGGGUAAAAAGUUAAUUUAGGCCUUGUCAUACUGAACUUAAACAAUAUUGAUCAUACAUUGCUUCAUCUCCUGGCUUCUGUUUAGCUUCUCUUCCCUUAUAAAUCAAACUUCAUUUAAAAAAAAUACUCCAAACCAUUUUAUCAUUUUAUUGAAGUUUUAGGUUUUUAUGAGGGGAAGAAUACUUAUUUUUAAAAUGUUUUCUUUAUACCUAUUUCUUUUCUUUGAUAGCCAUGAUUCGUGUUUGUGAGUAGAUGUAUGUCUAAUAUCACAUUUUUGACACCUGGGGGAUUAAAGGGUUAACUUCAUUUUGUGAUGCCCUGAGUUUCAGUUGUUUUAUAUUUGCAUCUAAAACGAAUCCUUUUAAAACUGUUCAUAAGUUGUAAGUAAGCUCUAUUAAGUGGGGCCCACAGAUUUAUUUAAGCAAAUGUUUCUCAAUGUUUGAAGCCCUGAUAGAGAAUGCGUUCCAUAAAGGCAUUCUCAUGUUUCUUGGGGUUUUUGUUUUCCCUUUGUUUGUUUUAACCAUCAAUUUAGUCAGCUCCGUUUCUGUUAGUGAAGAUACCCCUGCUGCUGAGGGAUUAACUUAGUUGCUUACAUGUUGUCCCUUCUGUACUCUGAUGAUUGUGUUUCUAGGCUGUUCAGCAUUAACAUAAGCAUGGUUAAAAAUACAAAAAUUUAAUUCUUACUCAAAUUAUCUCAUAUCUUUGUUUUUUAAAACAAAUACAGAGCAUCUGUUAACUCCCAAGUACAGGUCUGACACUCUCGUGUAUCUGUUAGAGCCUGUAUCUUAGAUGUGGAGGAAAGUCUACAUAAUGAUAAUUCCUUAACAUCUUUCAAAGUUCUUGAUGAACUUAGGGCUAUUUUUUUCCAUCAGAAAAUUAAGAAUGAAUGUUCCUCAGCCCAGUCUGCUGGCCUUAAUUUACGUAUCUCAGCACUUGACUCCAUCGCUUGACUGAGUGAACGUACUGCUUUAUCAGGUGCAGUGUUUAGGGCUCUAGGGUCUGGUUAGGUUAUAGACCUUGCUCUAUAUGCAGACAUCCAACCGUAACCACGGAGCAAAGGUAAACCAUUAGAUCCCUGCUGAAACUGCCCCCUUUAGAAUUAACAGGUUGGUUUUUUCUUUUUCCCCCAUUUCUGUUUCCUAGGAGGGAAUUUUAGGUCAUUAAAGUCAGUUUUUAUUCUUUUAACAGGUAUUGCGUUUGGGAUUUUUUUUUUUUAAUCCAAAGACAUAAUGCUUUAAAGUGUGCAAAUUAUAGUUUUUUCAAUUACCUCAGCAGGUGUCCUGCCAUGUAAUUAUUGGUGAGUAGUGUUAGUAAGUCAACAGAUUCAGGUCUUCCAGUUAUACCCUUGGGUUGUGGCUUGCCACGUGUUAUUGAGUAGUCUUCUAUCCAAAAUGGGGACUAGGUACUGUGGUCCCCUCUCCCUCAGCCUUUACAUUUGGUACCCAGCCUCUUCACAUACAGCAGAAAAAGUACGAAAUACUCACUUCUUCUUGUACCCAGCAUUGAAUUGGAUCAAUAAGUAGUUUCGUUAAUAAAAAUUUAAGGGGGAAAAAGCCUACACACCCAACUCCCUGAGUUAAAACAGCAGCUUUGCACCGGGGAGAUGAUUGGUGGGUCAAAAGCAGGCUUGUUCACAAGCGUGAGGAUCUGGCUUUGGAUCCCCAGCGCAUAUGUAAACGGGGCACAUACAUAGUGCGCUGUCUGUAAGUACAGCGCUAUGGGAAGUUGGGAGGCAGAGGUAGUCUCCAGAAGCCCGUUGGCUAGCAACGGGCAUAUUAGAUUUUUAGAGACGGGAAUCAGGACUAACACCUGAAGAUGUCUUCCAGCCUCCACACAUGCACCCUAGCGUGUACACAUGCCCUCACGCGCAACAUGUGAGUGCAUACACCACACACGAGCCCUCACUUGACAUGCAAGCGGGUACACCGUUUAUGCCGCCUUACUAAUUAUCUGCUGAAGGUGAUUAAGAUUUUCAAGGUAUAUUGCAGUUGGAUCAUACACCUGAUCUGGAUGUUAACUUGUUUCUCCCAGUUAAUACUUCCUUGAUAAAGCAAUAACGCUGCUUUGAGUCUGUUGCCUAAUAAUAGCAUGUCAUAAUCCUCUCCUGGAUGGUGAUUUUAUAGGAAAGUUUGUAUGCAUAUCACCCAAUCUAUCUUUUAAAAAAAAUUAAGAAAUUUAAAUGUAUGCUGAAGUAAUGACAAUAUAUUGUGGCAUUUUAUUUUAAAAAAUUGGGGAAAGUUGCAUAUUUUUUUAAAAGUAGCUGUUUGAGUAAAAAAAAAACUGAAGGUACUUUUUUAAGGAAAAAAAUUUAUAUGCCACAGUUUACAUAGACAUUUCCAAUUUCAGCAUUUACUCUUGGAUAUAAUGGCUUUACUGGGCUAAUGCAUGUUUUACUUGGUCAAAAGUGCAUCUCUCCAAUCUUAGUUACUUAUGUUUCCUUACAUGAUCCUUUAUAUAUUUUUAUUGUAUCUAGAAACAAAAUUAUCUUAAAAAAUAAGUUAGGCAUAUUUGUCAAACGACAGAAUGUAUAGAAUCAAGGUUAGCCCUUUUUUUUUUAUCAAGUGUUAUUUAAAAACUAAAUGAUACUGUGUUACAUUCAGUAAAUUCCUAUGAAGGCACCAAAAUGAUUUUUUUUUAAGUGCCGCAGUUUAGGCUGUGGUCUAAAUGUCAUUCUUGAGAAUGAAGUGUGUCUGCUCCUGAUCUGAGGAAUGUAGGCAUUUACUAUGUUUUAAAGCAGUGAAACAUGGGUAUAAGCCUGUAAUGCAAGGUGUGCGCAAUUGGAAAGCCUGUUAGUUUUUACACGGACAUAUCUACACACAAAAGGGUUAAAGUCACAGCCUUACUAGUUCCUUGCUUCCAGUAUUUCAACUGCUCUCCCUCAUUACUAUUUUUGCACAUAUUUAAACUACCCUUCAGAAUGAUUCUUAAAAAGUGCUGUUUCUGUGGUAUUGUAUUCUCUAAAUGAUCAUAUUUAAUUUUUUAAACAAGGUUACAAUUUCUAAUUGUUCUGUUCCUGUGUUUUUUGCUGCGUGUAAUAAAGGCAAGUUUUCUCUUUUUAUGGUUAUUUAAUACAUUAGCUGCCUGUAAAUAAUUCUUGUUACAAUGCUCUGGAAUGUGUUGUAGAAGUUGUAUUAGAUUAGUUUGAAGCCUUGUUUAAAAUCCACAUUUGUUUCGGUUAUUUCUAUUAAAUUAGAAAAUUGCAAAAGUUUUCAAA